AUGAAUUUUUUAUCGCUUAAUGUUAGAGGUCUGGGGGGAGAUGUUAAGGCCAGAUGGAUUCAAGAUAUCAAAGUCAAGUAUGGGAUUAAUUUUAUUGCUCUGCAAGAGUCUAAAUGUGUGUUGGGCUCUAGUAUGGGGUUGAGGAGUAUUUGGGGAGGUAAUAGCUUUGGUGCGGAGUGGGUGGACUCGUCGGGGCUGUCGGGUGGUAUUAUAUGUUUAUGGGAUCCCGGAAUACUGGAUUGUGUUGAUGUGGUCAAGGACAAGAAUUAUCUUAUUAUAAAAGGCAGGUUGAAAGGUAGUGGAAAAAAGAUUAAUAUUGCCAAUGUUUACGGGCCUCAGGAUUAUCAGAAUAAGAAGUCGCUUUGGGAGAGGUUGAGUCUGGAAAUGGCUGGUUCGGAGGGGCUAUGGUGUCUAUUAGGUGAUUUUAAUGAGGUGAGGUAUCCGGAGGAGAAACGGAAUGCUAGCUUCAGUCAUCGAUGCGCUUCGUUAUUCAAUGACUUCAUUUUUAAUGGUGGUCUUCUGGAAUAUAGUAUGAAGGACAGGAGCUUUACUUGGCAGUCGAGUAAUGGUAACAAAUUAAGUAAGAUUGACCGGGUGUUAGUAUGUUCGGAGUUUUUUGGGUUGUGGCCGGACGCGUGUCUGAGGGCUUUGCCUAAACGGUUCUCGGAUCAUUGUCCUCUUAUUUUGGUCUCGAAGGAGUCGAAUUUUGGGCCUAAGCCCUUUAGAAUCUUUGAUUCGUGGAUAGGUCGGGAAGGUUUCGAUGAAGCGGUGAGGUCUGCGGCUAGUUCGUUUGUUUUUGAUGGUCCUGCGGACUUACAUCUUCUGUAUAAGUUCGAGGCCAUUAGGAAUAGUGUCAAAAAAUGGAGGAAUUUGAUGAUUAAAAAAGAAGGGGAGAAGGAGGCGUUAGUGAGAGAAGAGUUAGAGGAACUGUAA